GUCCCCUUUUGAAGAUGAAUUUAUUCCAUCUACUGAUAUGGUUACCGAUUGGUGGAUAUCUGUUGAACUUAAAAGAAAUGAAGAUUAUAUAAAAACUCUUGCUCUAAAAGUACAUUCAAUUUUACCUCAUAAUGCUGCCUAUGAGCGAGUCUUCAGCAUAUUAAGCUGCGUUGAACGUUUAGAGGUUAUGGCCCAGAUGCACUCAUUUUUAGUCGAGAAUACUAAAUCAGAACUCAAUUACGUGGAUCAAAAGCUUCACCAAGAAAAUCUAUUGUCUAUUUUUGAUAGAAUUACGAGUUCUAUAGAGGAUGGGACUGAUUUAUUUAGUGAAGAAGAAUCAUAUUCUUUUUUGGAUGAGCUUGCAGAAGAAAAUAUGGAAGAAGAUGAGGAAGAACUGGAAGAUUUAGUUAACAAAAAUUUGACAAGCUUAGAAGUCAGAAAUUUAAUAUCUUUGCCUUCCAAGUUAGAGUUCAAUGAAUCUUCAAGUUUAAACGAAGAG